AUGUCUCUCUCUUGCAAUCUCUCCAGUCUCAGUGCUGGUCACGUGGUGUGGGCUAUUGUCUCACUCUCUGAUAGGGUGAGAAACUCUAAACUGCUCACAGGUGACAGCUUGACAUCCCACCUCAACCCCUGCUUACUUUACCUGCUUAAGUUGACGACUUCUUCACAUGUCCACCUGCAGCUCCAGUCAGACCAGGACCAUGGCGAUGGCUCAGUAAAGUACGUUCUUUCUGGCGAGGGGGCUGGCACCAUCUUUGUCAUCGAUGAGAAUAACGGCGAUCUGCACGCCACGCGCCGCCUUGAUCGAGAGGAGAAGGCCUUUUAUGUCCUCAAAGCCACAGUAGUCAACAAGUGGACGGGUCAAAAACUGGAGCCAGAGACCGAGUUCAUCAUCAAACUCCACGACAUCAAUGACAACGAACCAAAGUUCAGCAAAGAGGUGUACACUGCCAGCGUUCCUGAGAGGUCUGAUAUUGGUACAUCGGUCACCCAGGUGACAGCUACAGACGCUGAUGACACAAUGUAUGGGAACAGUGCCAAACUGGUCUACAGCAUCAGUCAAGGACACCCAUACUUCUCUGUGGAGCCAAACACUGGUGUGAUCCGGACAGCCCUGGGUCCUGGCGACAUGGACCGUGAGCAGAGGGAGCACUACCAGGUGGUGAUUGAAGCCAAGGACAUGGGUGGACAGAGAGGAGGCCUCACUGGGAGCACUGUGGUGAAAAUCACUCUCACCGACGUCAACGACAACCCUCCCCACUUCACUCAGAGUAUAUACCAGUUCAGAGUUCCUGAAUCAUCCACGUCCGGCUCUGUCGUUGGGAGAAUUCAGGCCACUGAUAAAGACAUCGGACAGAACGCUGAGAUGGACUUCACAAUCAUCAGCGGUGACGGGAUGGAAAUGUUUGACAUUUCCACUGACAAAGAAACACAAGAAGGACUCGUCACUGUCAGAAAGCCUUUGGAUUAUGAGAAGAAACCAUCAUACACGAUAGAGAUCCAGGUCCAGAACACCCAGGAAUAUGUUCGCUUCGUGUCCUCAGGCCCAAAAGACGUGGCUACGGUUCGGUUGGCAGUGGAUGAUGUGGAUGAGCCGCCUGUGUUUAAAAAAGCCAGCUACCUGUAUGAGGUGAAAGAAGAUGUUGCGGUGGGCACAGUAGUGGGCUCAGUCAGCGCCAUGGACCCCGACAGAGCUCGCAGCGUGGUCAAUUACUCCAUCGACCGCCGCACUGACAGGGGCCACCUCUUCAACGUCUAUCCAAUGAAUGGAUCUGUGUUCCUGCUCAAACGCCUGGACAGAGAGACGACUGCAUGGCAUAACAUUUCAGUUGUUGCCACAGAGCUGAAUAAUCCCCGUCAGAGCAGCAGCGUCAGUGUCUACAUCCGUCUGCUGGACAUCAAUGACAAUGCUCCCAUGUUUGCCUCUGUGUAUGAAACCUUUGUCUGUGAGAAAACCAAGGCUGGCCAGCGGAUCCAGACAGUGAGUGCUGUUGAUGCUGACGAGCCGUCAUCAGGACACAAGUUUGCCUUCAGUCUGGCUCCAGAGGAGACCCACCACAGAAAUUUCAGCGUCAGAGACAAUGGAGAUAACACUGCUGGCAUCCUGACUGGCCGAGCCACCUAUAGCCGCCUUCACAAGAGCGUCUACCUGGUUCCCGUGGUGAUCACAGACGAUGACUACCCCAUGCAGAGCAGCACUGGCACACUUACUGUGAGGGUUUGCACCUGUGACCAUGAAGGCAACAUGGAGCUGUGUAAACCCGAAGCUCUGAGCAGCUCACCUGGCCUCAGCACAGGAGCCCUCAUCGCCAUCCUCCUCUGUGCCAUCAUCCUCCUCUUGGAGGGCUGA